AUGAAUAAAGUACGGUUUCUGCGUCCCAGCGUUUCUGCAGUUAUCAGAAGAUACAAACAUACAAUGACAGGCGCAAGUAAAGCUAUCCCACAAACGGAAUCUGAAUGGAGGGCAGUUCUCACGCCCGUCCAGUUUGCCGUGUUACGUGAAAAGGCUACAGAAAGACCACAUACGGGUGAGUACAAUCAUUUUGAUAAGGAGGGCAUUUACAAAUGUGCUGGGUGUGGCAAUCCCAUCUAUAAAUCAAGCACCAAGUUUGACUCUGGGUGUGGGUGGCCGGCUUUCUAUGAGGGGCUACCUGGUGCUAUAAGACGUGAAACGGACACCAGCCAUGGAAUGGAGCGUACUGAAAUCAUGUGUGCCAAAUGUGGUGGCCAUUUGGGACAUGUCUUCAAGGGAGAGGGAUUCAAAACACCAACAGAUGAGAGACACUGUGUGAAUUCCAUCAGCUUGAAGUUCAACGAGGAGUGA